GUUACUUUAUCAUAUAUCUCAACGCUUUAAAUUACAUCAAUAUACCCUUUAUGAACUAUGGAAAUUACCUAUAAAAGAUUCCCUUGAAUUCAUUUUUACUACAUAUAAAAUGACAAGAAAACCUCUCCGAGAAUUCCAUCAAAUAUAUAUCAAACUGAUACAAAAAUUACCUUCUAACUUUGAUGAACACACAAGUUGGUUAAGUCAUCAAAUUGAAAUUGAUAAUUUAGAUGACUUUUUACUAAAUCAUGUCCAUCAUGUAUUGCAAGUAUUUCAUGACUGUAUUUUAGAAAAUAAGCAAAGAGAUCACUGUAUAAAAUUGUUAGUGAUAUGUUUACAAAAACUCCUAUUCACUAUACAGAAACGAAAGCUUCAUUUGUUUUCUGAAUCAAGAGAGCUUCUCAAAUUUAUAAAUAAUUUGACUGAAAAUAAACUCAUUUUGGAAAAAGACUUGACUGAAAUACAAGAUGAGGAAUUAAAGUUGACAGUCAAGACCUGUCAAGAUAUGAGGAUACAUCAACAUAGUUUAAAAUAUGAGUGGAUGCAAAUGAUCCAAAAAGAGAAUACGUUCACUUGUCAUGAAGAGACAUUUAUGCUUAUCUGUUCACAUAUUCAAUCACGUUGUUUAAUAUCUCCUUUAUCCAGUUCACCCUUUGAUUUAGAUCGAUUAGAAAAAUGGAUAUCAAAUCAAGCUAAAAAUAAUAGACUAUGGGCUUGUAAAGAAUGGUGCUGCUUUAUGAUUAAACAUCAAUCAAGUUUUUGGUUAUCAGUCUUGAAAGUCAUGGUUCAGUUUAUGGAUCUUUGGAUCAGUGAUAUACAAGUUUCUGAUUGCGCGGAAAUAAUGGCUUCACUUAUUGCGCAUGAAAACAUGAUAACUAUUUUAUAUCAUCACAUUCUGAAACAUGUAUCACAAUUCGAGGAAUCACAAUUAAAGAAUCUCUGUGAAUUAUUAAGAAAAAGUAUUGACUCUCUGGACACAGUUGAAGAUAUUUUACAAAUUCGAGAUUCUAUUUUUUAUCAAAGAGGUACCAAUGAUAAUGUCCAAUUACCCAUUUUUGGGAUAACAACUAUUUGGAAUGUUUCAAUUGAAUUGGAUAUAGUAAAGUUUAGUAACCAGAUCACUACGAUUGAUGAUCAUGAUACUGAAGUAUUAGAUACUACUGUGAAAAAAUUAGCCAUGCUAUCUGUUAUUUGGCCCUACAAAGUAGUUCAGGUCUUAUUUAGUAGCUGUAUGAAAAAUAAAAAUCAGUAUGUAGCUAUUGUUCCUGUUUUAAAAAGUUUAGGCCAUCUUUGUAGACUCAAGGUGUCAUCAUCAGGAACUUCUUUACUUUUAUAUGUCAUUCAAACUACGUUGUCUGAAUUACAAGCACAUGAAAUUGAACUUUACAGAAAUAAUAUAAUUCAAUUUAUGAAAGCCUGUUGUGACUCUGAAAAUCAAACGAUACCCACUUUGCUUUUACCCAAUUCUUUCGUGGAUCAAGAAACGUCACUUUUAAACUUAAAACAAGUCCUUUCUGAGUUUGUUAUGGAAAACUUAACUUUGUUUAUUACUUGCUUAAAGAAAGACAUUCAUUCCGAUAAGAAUUCUACUCCUCUAUUAAGGUUAUCAUUUUAUCUUUUAGACGCAUUUUAUGAAAGUCAUCAUGAUGAGAUUACCGUCCUAGAUCAACAUGACCUCCCUGCUCUUUUACAUUGUGAACCUGAAACAUGGAUCUAUUUAUUAACUGAACUUUUUACAUAUCGAGAACAAGAAGGUUUAAUUGAACUGAAAGACUGGGAAUUGAUUUUUAAGUUUAUUCAAAAAUUGAUUCAUCUAUUACAGCAAGCUAAACAGUUACUCUUCUCCUUGUCCACUUUCUUCGAGACAUUCAGAGUUAAAUAUGAUUGGAAGUCUCAAUUACUAUGGUAUCCUCUUUUACAAGAUAAAACAUUAAAUGUACCCAAAUCUAUUUUUAAUCUUACAGGAGCUUUGGAUGGUAUUCUGAAUGCUGAUGAUAAGCUUGAUGGAUCUGACGACGCUUGGUGUGAUUUAUUUGAAGCAUGUAAAUUAUCCCCAUUAUUUACAGAUAAACUAUUUGAGCAUUCUUCACAAUGGACUUAUAAUUUAGUAUUAUUAUGGAAUUGGCCAAAAAAGACCGAAAAUAGUAUCUCUUGCUUCACACGCGUGUUGCAUCCAACUUACUCAUCCAGUUGUUUAAUAGAAUAUUCAAAUCUAGUAGUUUAUUUUUUAGAUCGCCUUUAUGACUCUACUAACUUUCACGACAUUAUACAAAAAAAUGCACCUACCGAGUAUUCCUAUUUCAUACAAAGUUUAACAGAAAGAGGUAUUUACCUUUUUUUUUUUCCUUUUUAAAUAUGGAUGAAUAUGAAUAUGUAUAUGCAUAUGCAUAUUUAUAUAUUUACUUGUUUCUAUACAGGAACAAAAAUUUAUUUUAAAAUAUAUUAUAUCAUACAACUGUUGGAGGAAAAUAAUCAUGUUUCCAAUCGGCAAUUUGAACAAGAAAAAUAUUAUAUUUCAGGCAUGAUAAAAACACUUCAGGGACUUGUACAUUGGGGAAAGAUGAGUAAAAAAGGACAAGCGAAUUCCUACAUAGAACUUAAAAAAACCGUAACACAACUUCUUGAUGUACUUGAACCCAUUUGCUAUUACCCUCUUUUGGUAGAUGCGGAAAUGAAAUCGG